AUGUCAACACAUAUCCGAAAUAAGCAGAGCUACCAAGACAACAAUAACAUCUUUGAUCUGUUAGAGUUUAAUAAUCGCCUUAUAAUUAAUGCUAAAACUGAAAGUUCUAAAAUAUCAAAAUAUCAAAAAGAGCUCUUCUGUAACAGACAAAAGCGUUUCAGAGAUAAAAAAGAUAAAAAUAACACUCUAUUUACUAUUAUCGACUCUGAGGAACUUGAAUGCUUACUUAUAACUGAAAUUCCAACCAUUGUAAUUGAGCCUCUUUACACUAAUCCUGAUUUAAUUAAUAUCUAUCCUAAUCGAAGACCCUACCCAAGUCACAUUAAGACUUUAUGCCAUGAUAUGGGAAGAAUGGACCAAAUCUGUAGACAUUGCAAAGCUAAAUUUUGGAUGCUGGAAAAGGAUCAGAAUAGUGGUCUCGCUUCUCCAAGAUUUCUCGUUUGCUAUACCAAUAGCAAAGUAAAAUUGUCUCCUUUAUUUCAACCACCCCCAUGUUUACUAGAACUGUAUACUUCAAAUACACUUUUUGCCAGUAAAUUUAGAAAAAAUAUUAGAGCCUAUAACACAGUUUUAGCUUGCACAUCCUUUGGUUCUAAUGUAGAUCAACAAUUUUUAGAACAAGGUGUAUCGAAUUUUCAUAUUCAUGGCCAAAACUAUCAUCUCAUUAGUCCAUUGUUAUCAAAAGAAGGCAACCCUUCAGCAUUUGCUCAAAUAUACAUCUAUGAUACUGCACAUGAAGUUGAAAAUCUAAAAGAUAUUAUUCAAGAAGAUUCAGCCGCUACAAUCUUGAUGAUAAUUCAUGGUCAUAGAACUCAUGACAUCUGCCGCUAUAACGCUCUAACAUCCUCUGAAGUAGCUGCUAUUAUGAGAAUAUCAGAAUUUCAUCCUUCAUAUGAUCCACUUUACUAUGUGCUAUUAUUCCCCAGAGGUGAUGAUGGUUGGCAUAUAAAUAUACCACUUAUAGGUGCUGUAAAAAGAGAAAGAGACAAACCACAAUCAACUGAUGAUUAUGAUGCUAUAGUUUUAGCAGAAAUUCCAAAUAUUACAUUAAAUCCACUUGCUUACGAAACUGUCUUGGCUAUGAUGAUGCAUAGCCUAUAUAGUUCUUUGAAUCCAAAUGUGCCAUGUAUGAAAAAUGGACAUCAACAUAUUUCUUUUCAAGAUAGAGAAGAUCUCCAAGAUAUCAUUAACUGUGCUAAUAAUCAAAUGACCACUUUGACAGCUUGGUUUCAAGAGAAUAUAAAUAAUCCCACAGCAUAUUCUACUAUAACUAUCGCAAUUGAACAAGAAGCCCUUACUCUAUUAAAUAAUUUACUUUUACUAAAUGGAAAAUCAUUAAAAGAUUUUCCAAACAUGCCAAUUCCUCCUGAAAAUUCAUCGAAUGUUUAUAAUGACGAAGAUGCUUUAAAUUAG